UGCUUCCGCACUCUCGUUUCUAGCUUUCAGAUAGUCUCACUUCCAGUCUCCUCCUGAAGUAUCACCGCCAUGGCCUCAGUAUCCGAGUACCCGUCGUUUCUCGAUGCACUUAGCUUUUGGGAAGUCGUAGUUGCGAGAAACAAACGGAAGCUCUGCUGCUGCUGCGGAGCUCUUCCCGUCGUAGUUGCUGAGUAUCUGUCCGGCUGGCAGCCUCGCGUCCUGCUGCAGCGAGUUGAGCGUCUCGAUGUUCUUCCGCGCCAAAUCCAGCGUUAACAGCAUCGAAGGCAUCGAGAGCAUCGACGACGCCAGCCGCAGCGACGCCUGUCCUUCUGACGCUACCGUGACAGCAUCGCUGCCAACGCUACUAGAGGCUCCAGCGGCGACGGCGAAACAAGCGACCCGACAUUUGACGGCACCUGGUUCAGCGGCGUCAGGUCCGGCGGCGUCAGACCCGGCGUCUUCAGUGAAAACGACGCCAAAUCAGACAAAGUCUAUGAAGCUGCGAAGAAGCUGCGGAGUGGAUCGUCUUUCAAGGUGCUGCUGGCAUGAAGUUCUAGGCGGCCAUGGCGGCCACAAGAGGUGCUGUGGCUGGCUGCAAGCUCAAGGCUGCUGAUAUACCAUGUCUCGACUCGAGUAAUGAGGACCAGUAGAGCAAGGAAGGCAUCAGCGGGAUCAAGGGAUGGAGAGCACAGAAUGAGAGCUGCAGGCAGAAAGCAGCAGUCGAGAAGUUGCUGGGGGGUUGGGGAGGUGGGAUGAUGGUGGGACCCUUUUUUGCACCCUGCUCGUCAGGGUGUUGGGAGAGUGGGUUGAGAAACUGGUGGGGGUUAGAAGAUUGGUGAACUGCUACUAUGCUGCUGAGGUUUGAUUGCUCUCCUGAAGGAAUGGCAUCAAGCCUAGUGCGCUCCCGAAGGGAUGGCUCUGGUCUGGUGCGCUCCUGAAGGGAUGGCUCUGGAAUGGUGCGCUCCUGAAGGGAUGGCUCUGGUCCGGUGCGCUCCCAAAGGGAUGGCUCUGGUCCGGUGCGCUCCCCAAGGGAUGGCUCUGGUCCGGUGCGCUCCCAAACGGAUGGCUCUGGUCUAGUGCGCUCCUGAAGGGAUGGCUCUGGUCUGGUGCGCUCCCAAACGGAUGGCUCUGGUCUCGUGCGCUCCCAAACGGAUGGCUCUAGUCUGGUGUGCUCCCAAAGGGAUGGCUUUGGUCCGGUGCGCUCCCAAAGGGAUGGCUCUGGUCCGGUGCGUUCACAAAGGGAUGGCUCUGGUCUGGUGCGCUCCCGAAGGGAUGGAUCUGGUCUUGUGCGCUCCCCAAGGGAUGGCUCUGGUCAGCUGCGCUCCCGAAGGGAUGGCUCUGGCCUGGUGCGCUCCCCAAGGGAUGGCUCUGGUCUGGUGCGCUCCCGACGGGAUGGCUCUGGUCUGGUGCGCUCCCUAAGGGAUGGCUGUGGUCUGGUGCGCUCCCAAUGGGAUGGCUCUGGUCGGCUGUGCUCCGGAAGGGAUGGCUGUGGUCUGGUGCGCUCCCCAAGGGAUGGCUCUGGUCCGGUGAGCUCCCAUAGGGAUGGCUCUGGUCCGGUGCGCUCCCGUAGGGACGGCUCUGGUCUAGAGGAUGGUGCUAGCAUGGUGUGAUGUUGAAACUUGUCACUGGUUGUUGCUAUGAAACUCACUGCAGUGCCUGAAAUUCACUGCAGUGCCCGCGUACCAUUAUUGAAAGCAUACCACUGCCGUGGAUGUGGGGAAAACACAUUUUGUGUCUGAAGUCCAAGCA